CGGUUCUGACACAAAAAAAUGCGCCAAGCCCGCCGUCACCGGGAACGCGCUGGUUUUGUUACAGCCGGGUAACCGUUGGGAGCUUCUGGCGAACCUUGCUUCAAAUUGCUAGCAACGACCCAAAAGUUAAGCUCACUAUUCAUAGACACUUCGGAAGCUCGCCCCCCCAUAGAACCCCAAGAUGGAGGAAUCCCUAUCCAUCGAAGAAACUAAUAAGAUCCGUCUCUCCCUCGGUCUCAAGCCGUUAAAGGUUGAUGCGGAGCCUCCCACCACCUCAAGCAAGCCUGCGGAGACCGCGCCCGACAAUAGCGUCGACGCCCAGGAACGCCGCGCCGUCGACAACUGGAAGAAGCGCCAGGCUGACAUCGACAAGGAGAACGCUCGCAAGGCCCGAGUAGAAGGGAUAAAGAAGGCGCGCGAUGCGGAGAAACGGUUCGCGAAGCUGGAGGGCAAGGGGUUGGGCGAGGCUGAUGAGAACGAGGAGGACACAACGACUUGGGUCCGCAAGAUGAAGAAGCGGCAGAAGAAGCUUGCGGAGAAGAUGGCGAGGGAGAUGGAGGAGGAGUUACAGCGCGCCGCGGCCGAGAGGAAGGAGUAUACGGCUGAGGACUUGACUGGGGUUAGGGUUGGUCAUGAUUUGGGUGAAUUGGAUGGGGAGGGGACAGUUCUUACGCUGAAAGAUACUACUAUUGGGGAGAAUGAGGGUUUGUCAUUUCACAUUUUUCCCUUUCCACUUGCUUUCUUGGGAGGCUGAUUUUUGAUUUUACGGUGGCGGUGUGUUUGCACAGAGGAGGGCGACGAGUUGAUUUCUACGGAUCUUGCGGAGCGAGAGAGACUUAAGGAACGGCUUGAUCUCAAAAAGAAGAAACCGACUUACAAUGCAUACGAGGAUGAGGGUGAGGAUGGAGAGAAGCGGAUAUUGGCUCAGUAUGAUGAGGAGAUUGAUGGGAAGAAAAAGAAGAGGUUCGUUCUCGAUGGCACUGGAAGCGCUAGCAACGUCGAUGCUCAUCGUAGGGAAGUCGCGGAAAAGCUCAAAGCUAUAGCUGUUACUCUAGACCCUAUUAGUACGUGGCAUUUUAGCCUAGUCACUCUUUCGGCUUUGCUGACUAUCCUGUAGGGCCCGAAGUUACCUCUGACUAUGUAGAUCCCUCCACACUUAAGAUUCGCAAACCGAAAAGGAAGAAGACUCGAGCUACUCGGAAGAGGUCCGAGGAUGGCGAUGACACUUUGGCGUCGCCUCCUCCUGAAGCUCCGACUGAGGACUCGAUGGAUAUUGACUCCGGCUCAGCUCCGGUACAACCAAAGCCCAAGCGAGUAUUUGAGGAGACUUCGUUCGUGGAUGACGAUGACUUACAGAGUUCACUAGCGGCGCAACGCAGGACAGCGCUUAAGAAACGCAAGAUGCUAAAACCGGAUGAUCUUGCUCGUCAGCUUCGCGAGGAGUCUGCUGCCGUCACUACUCCAGGUGCAGAGAGCCCGGUGAAAGAGGAGGACGGGGAAGGAGAGCCGGGUUUAGUAAUCGACCAGACCUCCGAAUUCGUCGCUACCCUCCGAGCGCCAGUCGUUCCGGAACGAAGAAAGCCCAGUUCCGGUGUAUCCGCUCGUUCUCCUCCCGCCACUUCAAUGGCCGACGAAGAGGAUGAAGAUGAAGACGGACCAGAAGAAAUGGACGUAGACAUCAAACCGGAGAUGAAACCGGACCCCGAGACUGGAGAAAUCUCAUCGACUGGUCUCGCCCAGGAAACUACCAUAACGCAUGGUGUCGGUGCAACACUGGCAAUGCUCCACCAACGUGGCCUCCUGAAUCGCGACUCCGAGUCCGACGCAAAGAUUAACCUCCAACGCGACCGGGAGAAGUUUCGCGCGGCGAAGCGCCUGCGCGAGUUGGAAGCCGAGGAGAAGGCCAAAUCCCAGCGUCUGCGUGACAGACAGAGUGGGAAGUUCGACCGCAUGAGCGCGAGAGAGCGCGAGGAACACGCAAGAUGGGAAAACAAGCAGAGGGAUCUGCAGGAAGCGAAAGAGAUGGCGGCGAGAUUUAAGGAGUACAAACCCGACGUCAAACUUAGCUAUAAGGACGAAUUCGGCCGGGAGAUGUCGCAGAAGGAGGUUCGUAUAUAUAUCAUUUCCCUCCCACUGGUAUGGUCAUGGCAACAUGAGACUAAUGUAUAGAUUCUGUGGGUCUGUAUAGGCAUUCAAGCACCUCUCCCACCAGUUUCAUGGAAAGGGCAGUGGAAAGGCAAAGACCGAGAAGAGGCUUAAGAAGAUUGAUGAUGAGAAGAAGCGCGAGGCGGCGAGUAGUCUCAACGCUUCGGCCACCGAGAAUGCGGUGCAGAGCGCAGCGAAGAAGAGCAAGCAGGCUGGUGUUAGGCUUAUGUAAUGAGUGUAUGAUAGAGACAUGAGAUGUCACUCGAGAGAAGUGGGUCGCGUCGGAACGGGAAUUUGCUAGGGUGGCUUUUUUUCUUUUUUUAUUGCUUGCAAAACGGAAGGGAGGUUGUGUGACUGUGUACACUAGUCAAUAGCGAGGGCCUUGGUGCCAUUGAUCGAU